AUGGCCAUGCGCAAGGCCGUGCUAAUCGUGAGCUGGACAGCCAUGACCAAGACGUAUCUGUUCGACGUCAACUAUGGCAUGGGCUUGUCCAUGAUCCCCACGAUCCCCGACGGCUCGUUCAUCGUUGUCGACCGACUGUCACGACGCUGGCGCAAGUGGGAGAGGGGGGACCUCGUGCAGCUUCGAUCGCCCACUCGUUGUCGAGGGGAGACCAUUACGAAGCGACUGCUGGCUCUGGAGGGUGACGUCGUGGAGCUCCAGCCGCGCUUUGACGAGAAGCGCAAGAAGAAGAUCACCGUCCCAAAGGGCCACGUGUGGGUAGAAGGAGACAACUCGACGUGCUCAGUCGACUCGAGGCAUUUUGGCGCGGUCCCCGUGGCCCUUUUGAUCGGACGAGCGUGCUGGAUUAUUUAA